AUGGCUUUUCCUCAGAGUGCAAGCUUCUUUAUCACUCAGAGCUUCCUCACGUAUGUACUUCUGUGCACGGUGUUCACCACUUGGCUAGCAUGCCGCUCGGGUGACCAGGGGCUCAUCCCUGUCCUGCGCAAUCGCGGAUGGAAAUAUUUCCUGGUAGCAGCAGCCGAUGUGGAGGCUAACUUUUUGUUGGUCAAGGCGUAUCAAUACACGUCGCUGACAAGUGUCCAACUUUUAGACUGUUUUACUAUUCCCGUGGUGCUGGCUCUCUCAUGGAUAUUAUUGAAGGUCCGUUACAAAAUAGUUCAUAUUUUAGGAGUAGGUGUCGCUCUGCUCGGAGUUGGGUGUCUCGUCUGGGCCGAUUUGGAAGAAGACAAAACUUCCCAGAUCGCUAGCAAUAGACUUUUAGGAGACAUGUUAUGUCUCACUGGUGCUGCCCUCUAUGGGGUGUCUAAUAUUGCUGAGGAAUUUGUUGUCAAAACUUAUAACCGAGUAGAAUUCCUAGGGAUGCUAGGACUCUUUGGAAGCGUUGUAAAUGGAAUCCAGUUAGCUAUUUUAGAAAGAACGGAAUUAGCUGUGAUAAACUGGGAAGAGUGGGAAGAGGUGUCUUUCCUACUGGGGUAUACAAUGUGCCUAUUUUUCCUCUACGUCACUCUGCCGAUCGUGAUAAAGAACGCCAGUGCCACUGCAGCCAAUCUGUCCCUUCUCACAGCUGAUUUUUAUAGUCUUCUAAUAGGAAUUUACAUCUUUAACAAUCAGUUCCACUGGCUAUACGUGCUCUCCUUCUUCCUCUUUUUCAUCGGUGUUUUAAUCUACUGUCUUCAACCAACGCCUUUGGGAACUGCUCAGUAUCGAGAAAUCUCUGUUACGGAAUUACAGGGCGACUUGGAACUUGCCAAUCAGACGCCUUGUAGCACCAACACUUAUAAUUCUAUUGGUUCUGCUAGAGAUAGUCCCGGGUUUGAACACAUCGAGGAUAGUGAACGGACUAAGAGCAUGACAGUGGUAUCUAUUUCACAUGCAGUAAGUGUUCACGCUGCUGAUGAAGGAGAAAGAAGCGCCAAACGGAAUGGCAAUGCCAGGUUUCCAUAUGAAAACACGUGUUGAUACACUAUAGAUGGUUCUUCUAAGAUAGCACAAAGUCGCUGUUGUUGUUGUUAUUUAAAAAAAAAAGAAACCGACAGAAAGUUCACCAAUUGUGUUGACUUUUAAACUUUCUCGAGUGAAAGAAAAAUAUAGUUAUUAGUUUUUGUAGCUUAUAUCUCUGGUCUACAUUCGGAGCAAAGUUUACAGAGACCUGAAUUUUAUAAUAAAAGCUAAUUAGCUACUGAACACGUUAGAUCACUUUACGAACAAUAAACUAUGUUAAGGAUUUAAAGCUCGUGUGGUAAUGAAUCGUGUUGUUUCUUCCCCCAAAGUCGGGAUCAAUAUUUACUGAACGUUGAAUGUUAAAACGAUAACAUUAGUGACCAUCUUUGAUUCAUAACCUUGAAAUGAAGCAAGUACUUGCUACUUUAAGGACCUGAAUUAAUUCAUACAUCUAGUCGUUCACAAAAUACUGUAAUACGUUCUUUGGAAAAAGCCCUCAAGUGUGAGAUUUAGGACUGACUUGUUUUUAAUUAGAAUGGUACAUGUGUCAUGGUAAAUGAUUCGUUAAUUCAGAUUAUUUGUUUUAAAUACCUGUUUUCAAAUAAUACUUUUUGUUUUUGCAUAACACUCCUGUGUUUAUUUCAUGCCAAACAUUCGCGUCAUCGAGAUCAGUGAUUUUAGAAAUGGAGUUUCUGCCAA